AUGCUUGUUGGGCUUCAGAGACUCGAGCUCACAGCAUGUCCGCAGCUGACUAGUCCCCCUAACGGUCUACCCAGUUCUCUUAGAACCCUCUACUUGGGGUUUUUCAUGCAAGGCUCUUCCCACUUAGUGGACAUCUCCCAACUUUCGCAGCUGAGGGUGCUGAAGCUGAACUGUGUUGGGGUGAUAUGUGGGCCUGCAGGGAGCAGCAGGCUGUUGUGUCUGCAGCAGCUGGAGCAGCUGGAGAUGCGGUUGGACCAUGGCAGCCAAGAGCUCCCAGUCCCCCUCACCUUGAUGUUUCUCCCUCGCCUGCACAACUUGCUGAUAGAGGCUCCCGGAAUGUGCAACCUCUCGGGAAAUCUGGGGGCAGCGUUGCCGCAACUGCGGCAGCUGACGCUGUUUCUUAGGUCAUCAGAGGAGCUACCAGGAAGCAUAGCGGAGCUCAACUCACUGACGUCAUUGAGGAUCGACAUCACGCUUGUGGCGCACAUCGUGGAGCAGACGCGCAUGUGGCUGAAGGCGCGGUACCUAAGCGCGGCACCUGAUCACACAUUCGGAAGCGGGGAGUACAUGACUCUACCCGAUUUCUUCUUGAAGCACCAGAAGCAGGACAAGCGCGAGAUGAAAGCUGAAGGCGUUGACUCCGAGGGAAAUCCGGUUUCGUUCAAGUUCGUUCUGCACGAGCGGCCAUUGAAAGGGCAGGAACUGGAGUGGUGGAUGCGUGAUCUCGCCAACCUGGAGGGGUCGAAGCUCUUCCACACCGCCUCUUACCUCACGGACGACGCCAAGCGCGUAGAGACGUUCAAGCGCUGGCUGGGCAAACUGCACAAACUCUAUCACGAGAAGCUGCCAGGUGUGUGGUGA